AUGAAGAAUCCACUUUGUGACGAGCUCAUGCUUCUUCAGCCAACGAGAAUCGAUGCGCAAGACUUAUAUUCAUGUUACAUUGUCAACUGUACUUUAAACGCUUUACUUAUCAUCACUGCCAUCAUAUUUAAUAGCGUCUUAAUCCAAGCACUAAGAAGGACUUCUUCUUUGUCAAAACCUCUGAGGACGUUUCUUUUCAGCCUGGCUGUCUCGGACCUCGGGGUUGGUUUAGUGGCACAACCUUUAUAUCUUCUUUUGCUCGUCAGAUGGCUACAGAAGAACCCUGAAUACCAUCCGAGUUGUGCCUUGUAUACCGCGUAUGCGCUUAUAGGCAUUUUAUUUUCUGUGUCUUCAUUUUUCGGCCUCAUGGCUCUGAGUGCAGACAGAUUUCUGGCCAUUCAUCUUCAUCUCAGGUACAGGAAGUGUGUAACUCGCAAGCGUGUUGUCUUUGGAGUGGUAGCCUUGUGGGUUUUGAGUAUAAUUCUCUCGCUGUUCAUGCUGUUGGUGUCGCCGAAUGUUGCCACCGUAGUUCACACCACUGUCUGCAUUGCUUGUCUGUCUGUCUCAACAGUGUUUUAUUCCAAAAUUUACCUAACUGUACGAUGCCACAAAAAUCAAAUCCAAGUUCUACAGGUACAAAAACAAGAACAGGAUGCAGAAGCAACGGUCACAGAUCUAAUUAGUCGCAGAAAGUCAGCGAUAGGCACAUUCUACGUUUAUCUGAUGUUUUUUAUUUGCUACGUGCCUCUAGCAUGUACCUUUGCAGUCACGCUCGCAUUUGACUCAAGUAGCGCCAUAAAAAUAUCUACAAUUUCUUCAUGGACUCUGGUAUUCUUCAAUUCGUCUUUGAACCCCGUUAUUUACUGCUGGAAGAUGAGGCACCUUAGACAUGCAAUUAUUAACAUGCUCCGAAAUUUUAUUCCAAACCACGGAAGACGGGAGAUGCGCAUCCCAGUAAGACAGCGCGUAUGCAUAACGGAGUGAUUUUUUCCAGCAAUGUUAAAAGUCAGCGAUAUUUGUUGGCACA